AUACCAUUUCGCAUCUUCUGAUGCAUUUUUUAGCACACUUUAGGCUAUAUUUUGAAGGAAAAAGUUGCCCAAAUUUUGUUUGUAGCACCUUUUUCACCAAAAAGUACAGAAAGUGUCCCAUAUAAAACGCUAUGCUUCAUAUCACACAUCUAGGUUUGAGGAUAUUUUGACUAUGGUAAUACCACCGUGGAUAAUUAAUCCAUAUGGUGACAUAGAAGAAACGAAUGUCAUAAUACAAGAGGAACUGACUGAACUAAGUACAAACGAAGAACUUAAGGUUCAGUUUAAAAACGGAUAUCAGCAAUUCUGGCUGCAAAACAACAUACCCGUUACUUAUCCCGUAUUAUGGAAUAUAGCGAGGAAAUGUUUAAUUUCCUUUCCAUCGUCAUACCUGGUGGAAAGGGGGUUCAGCGCUGUUACCAAUCUCCUAACGAAAAAAAGAAACAGACUGGACAUCAUUAGCCGAGGAGAUUUAAGAUUAACCCUUACAAAAUUGACGCCAAAUGUCGAUAAUUUAUUAUUAAAGCAUCAGGUUCAUCCUUCUCACUAAAAAUAUUGACUUAUUGCUUAUGUUAUUUUAUUUAUAGUUUAUUUUAUGUUUAUUGGUGUCUGACCGAUAAAUGC